CCCUCGGCUCCCCCCACCAUGGCCUGCAACAGCACCACCUUCCAGCCCUACGAGCACCUGCAGUCAAACGGGAGCAACACCUCGGAUGUGGGGGCCACACCGCUGUCUGCGCCGCUCCGGAUCUCCCUGGCCGUCCUAAUGCUGCUCAUGAUGGUGGUGGGCUUUCUGGGCAACACGGUGGUCUGCGUCAUCGUGUACCAGAGGCCGGCCAUGCGCUCUGCCAUCAACCUGCUGCUGGCCACCCUGGCCUUCUGCGAUAUCAUGCUGUCCCUGUGCUGCAUGCCCUUCACGGCCGUCACCCUCAUCACUGUCCACUGGCACUUCGGGGACCACUUCUGCCGGCUCUCGGCCACGCUGUACUGGCUCUUUGUGCUGGAGGGCGUGGCCAUCCUGGUCAUCAUCAGCAUGGACCGCUUCCUCAUCAUUGUCCAGCGCCAGGACAGGCUGACCCCGCGCAGGGCCAAGGGAAUCAUCGCCGUGUCCUGGGCACUGUCCUUCUGCAUCUCCGUCCCCUCGCUGUGGGGCUGGACGCUGGUGGAAGUGCCCGCACGCGCCCCGCAGUGCGUGCUGGGCUACACCGAGCUCCCAGCCGACCGUGCCUACGUGGUGACGCUGGUGGUGGCCGUGUUCUUCGUGCCCUUUGGUGUCAUGCUCUGCUCCUACCUGUGCAUCCUCAACACGGUGCGCAAGAACGCCGUGCGCGUGCACAACCAGUCGGACAGCCUGGACCUGAGGCAGCUGACCCGGGCCGGCCUGAGGCGGCUGCAGCGGCAGCAGCAGGUCAGCGUGGACCUGAGCUUCAAAACCAAGGCCUUCACCACCAUCCUCAUCCUCUUCGUGGGCUUCUCGCUCUGCUGGCUGCCGCACUCCGUCUACAGCCUGCUGUCGGUGUUCAGCCGGAGCUUCUACUACGGCUCCUCCUUCUACACCGCCAGCGCCUGCGUCCUGUGGCUCAGUUACCUCAAGUCGGCCUUCAACCCCAUCGUCUACUGCUGGAGGAUCAAGAAGUUCCGCGAGGCCUGCGUCGAGCUGCUGCCACAGACCUUCCACACGCUGCCCAGGGUGCCCGCGCGGGUGCAGAGGCGCAUCCAGCCGAGCACGGUCUAUGUGUGCACCGAGAACCAGUCAGAGGUAUAGGCGUGGGCUUCCUGCCGCUCGCGUCUCGUCUGUGUUUUGUGGUGACUGUUCAAGCACAGAGGUACUCACGUGUCGGGCACGGGCUGCGGUGCCCAAGUUUCAGGUUUUGGCGAGGUGAAUCAGUCUUGUUUCUCAUGGUAGCAUCAUGGCAAGGUUGUCAGGCUGCAGAGAGCUAGGCAGGAGGGAAGGGGAGGCAGGCAUGGCAGGGUACCGCCCAUGGUGCUCGCAGAGCGCCCCCCUAGGUGCUUGGUUCAGACUGAGAUGCCCAUGGCGGGCUGGGCCGUCCUUCAUUCCAUUUACCCCCAGUGUUCCUCAGAGUUCCUUGGGGUUGUGAGUCUUGGUAUCACGCAGGGCUCUUUACGGUGGCCGGACGAUCGUUCCUGAUGGUGCCAAAUUACCCUUCCUAGGAGGGAACGGAAGUCACGCUGGGAAGCAGAGGGAGUGAGCCCCGCGUCUCAGUCCCUGGUGUGCCAUGGAGCCGUGGGUGGCUCAGGGCGCGGAAGGUGCUCUCCCAGCUCGGCUGCAGUGAGGAGGCAUCCUGGCCACUCACACAGGUCCCUCACCUGGCCGUCCUAUCCCUGCCCGCUCCUGUCCCCACACCACCGUCCUUCCCAGCGUUCCGGACAGCACGGCCUGGGAUUUGCCCACGAGCAAGUGUCCGUAGUGACUCGCUCUGUUUACACGUUCCCUGCUCGCUCUGGGCUCCGAGCCUUGGGGAUGCCCUGAAUCCACACCAGCCAGGGAACUGCGGCGGGGCAGCAAACAGAGCCCCAGUUGGGCCGGCCCUGGUCUCUGUUUCUCCUACCUCACUCACCUGUGUGGGUCAGACCGGGAGUGCAGCUGCCCAAGGGGACCUUCCUGGAGCCCUGCACCCAGCCACCACACCCAGCUGCCCAUUGCCACCGCGAGCCCUCGGUGCUGGGAGGUGAGCCUUGCACUCUCCCGCUCCCAGGGUCAGAUCUGAAGAGGGCGACUUUCAGGAGAAACUCGGAGAGUUGUCUCCAGGUCCAACCCCCUCGGAUACUGCUUGGAUGACUCUUCAUUCCACCUCCUUUUCCUCGGUCUGUUCCCCCUUUGCCAGGCAAGGAAGCUGGUCUAGGUGCAUCACCCUGAUUCUAACAGAGGAGUCUUCUGUCCCCCCAUCCCGGCACUCGUGUGCCCAGAGCAUGCACUGGCCCCUCCCGGAUGUCAGGCACUGUGGGGGGCUGAGCCCGGAGGCGGCACCAGGCUCAUCUCAGGGCCAUGGGAGUCAGCCGAGGAGCACAGACUCCCACUGUGCUUCCCUGCUUGUUUCUUUGCGGUCCCCGGUUCUGCUCUUGCAGCUGUGGUGGUCAUGGGCUGGCGGUGGAGGGGCGAGGCAGGGCACAAAGAGAACACAACUUACACUGGUCUCCGCCCAGUUGUCGGGAAAGUAGUAACGCCGCCUUCCUCAGGUGGAGGACAGCGGACUGAGCCUGCCCCGUACUGACCGCGCUGGCCAGGACAGGGUUUGCCACAGCUCCUGGGGCCAGGGUUCCAGUGCCCGGCAGUGCCUGGGGUGUAGAGAGCUAUGGGGGGACCACACCCGUACACUCUCCUCCUGUCCCCGUUGUGGAGAAUGUCUUCAAAAAUUGAAAAACAGAAUGAAGGUCCCAAAAUGUACAUUGAUCUGUCGUGUGAUGAAUGUUGGACAGUAUUAUAUAUGUUUCAAAGUAAUAAUUUUGUAUAUAUUUUAAAUAAAGUACUAUUGUU